AUGGACAACAUCGACGAUGAAUAUGAACAGCAUAUAGAACAUUUUCACGACUGCACGAAAGCGAAGAGUUUCAACACUACCAAGAGACGCCCGUCUCCGAAAACCCUAAAGCUGAUACAUCAGCAUGGAGCCGCACGAGAUGCAUGCGACCGAGAACUCACGUCCGAGCUCGCAAAGCUUUGCAGAAAGGCGAUAAAAGAAAAUCUCAAAGAGAGAAGAGCAAAAAUGUUGCCUGACGCUGCAGAGGUGGGAAAGAGCAUUCACUACGCCCGUCGGAACUUCGCCAAUCGUAAAACAAUGACGACUGUUUUCCGGACUCCAGAUGGAACACCUACAGCAUCGAGAAGGGGGAUGGAAAAGGUCAUUCACGACUUCUACUUAGAUCUCUUCGACAGCAACGUCCACUUGCCUCCUCACCAUCUGAGGGAAGAUGGACAUGUCAUUUCAAAGGUCUUCCCUUCCGAAGUCCGACAUGCUAUCAUGUCGGUGAAGAAUAGUACUUCAAGCGGUCUCGACAGGAUUAAGCCUGAACAUCUGAAGUACCCACCGCCAGUCCUCAUCAACACAUUUGCGAGGCUUUUCACUCGUUAUCUGUCGGAAUGGAAGGUUCCCAAGCAAUGGAAAACCAGCAAGACCGUGCCGUUGUAUAAGAAAAGAGACCCACAAAACAUCGGCAACUAUCGCCGAAUCUGCUUACUGUCUGUCAUCUACAAGCUCUUCACAAGAAUAAUUGUAAACGGGAUAGAAAGAAAGUUAGAUAAAGGACACUCAUGCGAGCAAGUAGGGUUUCAAAAAGGAUUCACUAUGAUUGACCAACUAUACACGAUUUCAAAACGCAUAGAAGUAUCGCAAGAGUAG